AUUUCGUGUUGUACCGUCAAACUGAUCAAUUUGCUUUCCGCUGUCUGUCGUUUCACUAGAAUUGAUAGAAAUACGCAGAAUCGCGCGGUAGGCGUGUUUUAUUUAGGUCCGUGAGAAAACGUGUGCUUUGAAGAUGUAUAACAAAACGAGUGCGACCUUGAUGCUGCAGACUAUAAUGGUGCUGAUGGAGAAGCAGAAUGCUACAGAUGUAACUAAUUUCCCUGGAAGCUAUGGCGAGGACAUAGAGCGGUGCUUCGACAAAUAUGGAUGUUUCUCGAAAGCCUAUCCCUGGACGGAGAACCGGCCUGACAACUAUUUUCCAGUGCCACCCGAAGCUAUGGGCGUUCGAUAUCCUACAUUUUCUAGAAGAAAUAGAAAAAUACCAGUGUUACUAGACGCAGACGAUGAAGAAAAAAUUCAAAAGGCCAACAUUGAUCCAAGAGGGCCGUUUUACGUGAUAUCACAUGGUUUUAUAGAUGGUGGACAUAAAAAAUGGAUAGAAAACAUGGUGAACGCUUUACUUAAUUUGGAAGGAAACGAUGCAGCGACAGUUUUUAUAGUAGACUGGAGGGGAGGCGCACAACCGCCGUACGGACAAGCUGUGGCGAAUAUCAGACUAGUGGGCGUGAUGACGGCGCAUCUCAUUCAUAAUAUCUAUGAAGCCCUCGGAUUGUCCAGUUUAGAUAAUUUCCAUUUUAUCGGCCACUCGCUGGGGGCGCAUUUGGGUGGCUAUUGCGGCCAUGCCUUGCAAAAGAAAUUUAACCUAAAAUUGGGGAGAAUAACCGGUCUGGAUCCGGCAGCACCGUAUUUCACUAAAACCGUAACAUUAGUGCGGUUGGAUAGAACUGACGCCAAGUACGUGGAUGUCAUACACAGCAAUGCUAUACCGCUUUAUUUUUCUGGUUUUGGUAUAAGCGAGCCAAUCGGCCACGUGGACUUCUAUCCAAAUGGUGGGUCUACCCAACCCGGUUGCAAAGCGGGCAGUUCUCAACAACUGCCCAACGCAGACAUGUACAAACAACUUAUGCGAGUGAGCUGUAACCACGAAAGGAGUUACGACUACUUUACUGAGAGUAUAGCACCACCUUGCCCUUUCUUUGCGGUGCAAUGUGAGUCUUAUGACGCCUUCUUAGCUGGUAACUGUACGACGUGUGACCACAAGCACUUCUGCAUUCCCAUGGGAUACCACUCGUAUGAGUUCUACAACAAAUUGCAAAUGGGAGGGCUGGUCGACUCUAAUUCUAAUGUGGCACUAUACUUGAUGACUGGCGGAACGAAGCCCUUUUGCAGAGUCCAUUACGAAGUGAAGGUGAAAGUGUCAAACUCCACGGAAAGCCACACCCACGGCCCUGAAACAGGGAAGCUCUCGAUAACAUUGUUAGACAGAAACAAUAACAAAAGCGACACCAAGUUCUUGGACGACGAACAAAAGUACUACAAACCCGGCGACAUAGAAACCAGAAUGGUUGCUCUGAAGGACACUGGUCAUCCACCCAUAUCUGUCAUAGUGGAAUGGAAAUACGAAACUAAUUUGUUCAACCCUAUGACGUGGCGGAUUUUAAAAUCGCCCAGCAUAUUUAUCGACUACAUGAAAAUAUCUUCCAUUGAAUAUAAUACUGACAUAACAGUGUGUCCCAAAAUGAAGAAGCCAGUCGUUGCCAACCUUCCUACGAUAAUGAAGACAAAAUAUUGUAAAUUUAAUAAAUAAUUGUCACAAUUUUCCUUGCACAUUAAGAGUUGAAUAGUAUUGGUAAAUUAAAAACCUGAAUGUUUUGGACGUCGCACUUAAUGUUAAGAACGCCUACAAAAGUAUUCUAAAAUAGUAUUUAAUUUAUAAAAGUGAAUUAAGUUUACUGGCUCUUGAUUUAACUACUUUGAUAAUUAAGUCAUAAGUUACGAUAUAUUUUUUUGUAUUAUCUUGUACAUAUUGUAUUAUAAGCUGUUUUGUAUAAGUUUAAA